AUGUGCUUUCCCGAAGGUUGUGACAGCUCGUCCUCCAUCCUUCAGUCAUUCAGGAGGUUCUUCCAGAAGAAGCCAAAGCCAUGUGCUUCCAUGAUGCGAAAGGAGCUGUGCCACUUGCGUCAGCAGGCCAACCGCCAGCGUUGGAUAUGCUGGGAGAGUGAUGCAGCAGGGCUUGAAGUCGAGGUUGCGAUGCUCAGUGGCCGGUCCUGGAAGUUCAUCAUUGGCAACACUGCCAAGGGUGCAGAGGUCAAGGAACGACUGGCGGAACUGUCGGGAAUACAUGAGACUGAGCUGUCUCUAGUUUGCAGCGGCAGGCAGAUAAGAGAUGACGAGGUGCUACUGGACACUUUCUUCACUGAGCUUGCUGGGCCACCUCCACAACUUCAGCUUCUGAGGAUCUUCAGGCCAUUUGCAUUGACUUGCAGCACAGCUGCGUACUCGGAGCAUAUGCAGAUCUGUCAGCAAGCCCAAGGGUUUCACCAAGUUUCUCCCGUUCACAUCGCCUCAACAUCCCUCGGUUCAGGUAUAAGGACUCAAGCACACAGUUGA